AUCUCCGAAGGGACGAAUUAUAAGGCGCCGCAUUAGCAAAACUAAUCAAGGAACCAACAUGGUGUGUCCGGGUUCAUGUGGAGUGACUCUGGCGAUGGCGAUGGUGGAGUUGUUGGAGUAGGGACUCUCCGCGCUGAGCAAAGCAGCUAUGACCCGAGGGAUGAACAACUUCGUUCUCGUGGUCUACUCCAACUUCCCCGCCUUCUUCAUACCCCUCCCGUGCUGCAUCCUCUUCUACCGGAAAAGGGCCCUUCCCAAGCUCACCCUCCCCGCAUUUUCUAAAAUCUUCCUACUCGCGUUUCUCAGGUAUAUCAUUAGGACGACGAGACAGCACAUUUCAUAAUUAAUCAGCGAAUUCCGGGUCGGAUAAUCAAUCUCAUACCGCAAGAGCUUCUUUGUUGUUGAGUUAUUAUCUUUUAAUUUGUGGUUAAUCAUAUGGAAUUGUCAGGACAACCCAACAUGACAGCUUUGGAUCAUUGCACCAUAAUGCUUUUGGCAUAUUGCUCAUUCAUCAAUGCACAGAGCUUCCUAUGGGCUGAAUGAUUGGACAAGGACAUCAAUGGUGAUGAUUCCUGUGGGCCCCAACUUGGGUUGACGAUGUCAGAGAUGAUGUCAGAUGAAUACUCCGUCUCUUGAAGCCCACUCGCACAUAUCUCAAUGCGCUGUCUGACGAAAUCGUGAACGAUAGUUGAUAAGUUAACAUUCAAGUUUCUUUUCACGAGUAGUUAGAAUUUUUGGGAUAUUUCAACUCGGAGAUCUUUCUAUGUGCAAAAGAAUAUCCCAGAGAGUCGUGGACAACAACCGGUCGCUGUUCAUGACGUUGUUGUCUCGACAAUGUGCAGAGACACCCGAUCUGUUUGAAUGGGAUCCACUAUCCACCUGAUCAUUGAUGGAUAAAGGUCGCAGUGAAACCUGUAAACUCAUUUUUCUAUAGACAAGCAAUGCCUAGAUCAUCAUUCUUAUAUGGUGUAAAAACACGAAGUAAAUUUUUUUAGGAUACUUACACAGUCAAGUUCCGGUGAAGGAUGGAGAUGCUAGACUUGAGAGUCCAGAGUAGCUUGGCAAAGUUCACCAGGUCGAUUGUGUCAACCACAGGAGCGCUCAUAGUGACUCUAUACAAAGGACUUCCUAUUAUGAACACUUCCACGAGUAUCCCUCUACAGCUUGUCCCACCACCGGAAAAAAAUUGGAUGCUCGGAGGAUUCCUCCUUGCUUGUUCUGCCUUCUUCCUUUCCCUUCUGAUCAUCGUCCAGACUCGGUUAAUCCGGGAUUACCCUUCAGAGCCGAUGGUGGUAUUUAUCGGCUGCAUUCUUGUCGCUGAAUCUGCUGGGUGUCGAAUUACAGGCAGUUUUGGGAACCGGGGGAACACGAUCACAAUAUGGGCUUGCAGAAUGAAAGGGCCAGUAUUCGUGUCCAUGUUUAAACCGCUAGGUAUGAUUGCCGCAAGCGAUAUGGGAGUCUCUUUACUUGGAGACACACUUUACCUCGGAAGUGUGAUCGGAGCAGUCGUGAUAGUUCUUGGAUUCUAUUCUGUCCUCUGGGGAAAAGCCCAAGAAGAGAAGUUGGAAGAGAAGCCCUCUCCACAGGAGCCUCUCCUGCAGAAGAAACACUUAGAUGUACAGAUCUUUUCGUGUUGUGACAGUUGUAUUCUACCAUCUCACCAUCGAUGUCAAAAAUCAGUCGGAAUCUUGUAUUAUGCAUUUUGCCGCUGACAGAAAUGCAGGUUCAGUGUGUACGUAUUGGGUGUAAGGAUUUUAUCUUCUUUCCCCUUCUUCGGGUAAGGAAGUUCUAAUGGAACUAUUUCAAGCACAUGAACACCCUUCAAAUC